AUGACCCUUUGCAACACCUGCCAGGAAUUGUGUCGUGACUUCAACAACGGGAGUGGCGAUUGGGAGUCUGUUGAGGAGGGCUUUCUCAUUGUUGAUCCCAUUCCAAUGCAUCAGUCAUGGGAGUCCUUCUCCAAAUCAUUAAAUGAUAAUUGUCCGAUAUGUUGGGGCCUCUGGCGUUCCAUACGAUCAUCGCCACGAGCAUCGCCAAAUGAAGAACCUGACAUGGAUUUCAAGAGUUGGUUGCACGAGGGGGCGUUUUCGGUAGAGACUUUGACUUUUACCUUGCACAUUAAUUUAACAGGGAAGGGCAACAGACGAGAGUCAAAUGAGUUUCAUGUCCGUUACACGGCAUCGGAAACCCUUUUAGAAGCCCGGCAUCACUAUGGCAUUGAUGUCGAUCAGACGCCCAGGUCAGUGGCUCGUUUUGUCCAACACUGGAGCAAUCACUGCACGGAAACUCAUCCCGGAUGUACUAAGCGGGAUGUAUCUUCAACCACUACCACUAGCAUAGCUUUGCCUACUCGGCUGUUAGAUCUGGGCGAUACUGAUUCCAAGAAGUUUCGCAUCGUGCAAAGCCAGAAGUGUUGUCAAAAGAACGACCAAUAUGUUACUCUUACGCAUAGAUGGUCGCAUGACACACCAAAGCUCCUGCAAACCAAUUGUGAACAAUACUAUACUUUCCAGUCCGACAAUAUGCUGCCGCAGGACUACCAAGAUAUCAUAUCAAUCUGCCGCGCAAUGUCUGUUCAGUUCCUAUGGAUUGACUCUCUCUGUAUCUUACAAGACUCGCCCGAGGAUUUACUCCGAGAGAUCAAAACAAUGCUCAAUGUCUACCAAAAUGCUCUUCUUACUCUAAGUAUUUGCUGGGAUUAUUCAGAUUCAACAAUAUUUCCAAGUCGGAGAGGAGAUACUCUUUCGAUAGUUCCGCCAAACGACGAGUCCAAAAACAUUGCUUAUUCAACUACAGGCUGUGCCUUCGUCAAUCAUGUAGACGAGUUCAAAAUCAAUGUCACACACUCGCUCGUCAACUCACGAGGGUGGGUCUUGCAAGAAAGAACCCUUUCGCGGCGAAUUGUCUAUCUAGGGAAUGAACAGCUGUACUGGGAGUGCGACGGAGCAAUUGCGAGCGAGACUAUGUCCAAUAUUUUGCAAGACAAGGAUGUUAGAAGGAUGCCCCUGUUCCAUGAUUCGGACGACUUCCGUAACGCCCUCUGGCCCAAGCUGGUCGAGAAGUACAGCCAGUGUGGGUUGACGAGUGAAAGUGACAGGCUUGCUGCUAUCUCAGGCAUAUCUCGGAUGAUGUCUGCCGCCAACCCAAGGGAUCGGUAUAUUGCAGGGAUCUGGUCCGAGUAUUGGCUCUUUGACCUUCUCUGGACACCACUUGUCAAGAAUUUCUGGCCUCGGAAUGGUGCCUUACUUAGAACUUGUGCCGUCCGAACGAUAGAGCCCACACAAGAAGCUCCGUCAUGGUCAUGGAUGGCUUUCCCUGGCCCAGUUGAACAACCUAGAUCACUGGAGCGACCCAAAUGCAUCACAGGAACAACAAUGUCGUCCGACAAGUCCCUGUUUCUACCUCGAGCUCUUGCCAUGCUUCGUCAAUUUGAUGUCAAUCCUCCUCCAGGUGCGGAUAAUUUUGAUUCCAUGUCUCACGCGACUUUACGCUUGAACUGUUUCCUCAUACCUGCGGAUUUCGCGGGGAUAGCCGAAAUUUGCUUGAAUGAGUCAGCCCCGACAUUCUAUCAUCCCAUCUCUUGCAAUGCAUUCUACUUUCCUCAACAACGUAAGAAUGCCAUUUACCAUUUGGAAUUCCUCAAAAGCUCUAGCAGGGCACUUCCAGGGCUACAGAAGCUGACCCCAAUUACUUUGUGCUUUAACAAGCCCUGGAAUUCCGACUUUCCCACCUCCAUGAUCCCCAUUUUUCAUCUACCAAAGCAUCCUGACAAACGUUGGACUCGGGACAGAGUAGGCGGUCUCAUCGUCCAGCGCACCAGUGCUAGGGGCCAAGAUCUGGAGUAUACUAGAAUAGGGACGUUUCAAGAAGAAACGACAAAAGAAGCAGUGCUUCUCGCAGCACUGAGAACGACUAUUUGCAAAGGCAUAAUAGAACUGAGCAAUGAGACUACAAAGUCAGGGAGGACUGGAGAAGAGAAGAACUUCGAGGCCCGACUCUGUGAAUAUAUAAACGCACCAAGAACUGGAAGAUCGACGGAAGACACAUCUCAAGGCCUUGCCGAGGGCCCUUCGCAGCUCUUUUUUCCAAGAGCGGAGUGGGCAAAUAUUCUGUUGGGCUGA